AUGCGUGAUGCGAAAGGAGACUCUCGCCAGUGGACGCGGGUGGGGAACCAGCCCAAGAGUGGAGGUGCGGAGUUGUCCAAGGCUCCGUGCCCACACUGCGGAUGCAAGAAGAACCUCUCGCACUACUGGUUCUGCAAGCACUGCCUCGAGCCGCUCGCUUAUGUGGCGUCUGGGCCCUACCUCCGCUCGGAUCGGUCCCGUCUCACGGAGAACAGUUCCAAGGGAAAGCCGACCCUGCCGUCGGGGUUGCAGCUACAGGCCUCGGGGUGGGUGGGCCAAGGCGGUGGCUCAAAGGCUGAUGCUUGGACGAAGUACUCGAAGGACGACAUCCCCAAGCUGCGCCUCAUCCAAGAGAAUUUCCAGAGCUUGGGCGAUUCGGCCCAGGCGGCUGUGUAUGCUUCUUACAUCGACAGGCUGCAGAGAGCGGGCCCGCGGGCUCCCACGGUCGGUGUGUGCCAACACGCCAUGCGUGAGGCCAAGCAGCACUUGGAGAAGCGUGUACGUGUGGCCGAGAAUCUCCAAUGUCAGCUGGUCCAGGCUCAAAAGGCUGCUGUGCAAGCCAUGCGUGAGUUCGAGGCGGUCAAGCUCCUUGCCUCGGAGGUGCCCCCGGCGGAGCCUCCAGCAGCUCAGGCGGAGGCGCCGCGUCAUGGCUUCAGCCUGGAGAAGCUGCUGGGCGGCGAAUCUUUCGAGAUCUUCGAGGACGACGGGCUCUUCGGCUUGGAGGCUGAAGGCGUCGAGGUCACCGACCCCGAGAAGGAGGAGGUGGCCAAGCGGAAGCAGGAGGUGGAGCAGACCAUCAGGCGCGCGGUCACCGAGGCAUUCGGGGCGGUACGCGUGCGCGCGCAGGAGCUGGUUGCGGAGCAGAAGGCCUUCAAGCAGCGCAUGUUGUCCAAGAGACGGCGUGUGGAUGAAGUGUCCAGUGCUGCCCCUUCGGGGGCCGAUGCUCCGACUGCCGAAGGUCUCCAUGACGAUGAAGCGCGUGAGGGUGUGGCUGCUGCUAGAGCCGCACCACCUCCACCCCAGGCACCUUCUCAGGAGUCGGUCGCAGCGGCCGUGGAUCUGGCAGGCCGUGGAGGUCUGCACUCCCCAGUCGACGAUGAUGUGGAGGACUUGGCCAAGGACUGCGCUGCCGCUACACGCCUGGUGCAUGCUGGAGUCGGGUACUUCGACAUCUACAUGUGCUGCGGCUUGGGCUACCUCGUCGGGGUCGCUACAUUCGCCCACCAUGAGACCACUGAGACUCGGGAGUUCGUGUUGGAGACGCGCAAUGCCACGUCAUGGUCUUCCCUUCAAGAGUUUCUCGUGAAUGAGGCCGAGUCGUCAGCGGUCUUCCUGCGGGAGGUGGCCACGGACGAGGAUACCCAGAAGGCUCGAGAGGACACCAUUAAGGCCCACGGCUGGCAGCUGGCUCUCAGCCCGUCUGUCGUUACUGAGCGAGGGGGAUUGUCUGCUGGGGUCGGCAUCGCGGUCAGGAAGCACAUCGGCAUGGGUAAGGCCCCCAACUUGGUGAAGGCGCCCCGCGGUCCUCGCAGGGUCCUGGCGACGCAUGUCAAUAGUUUUGUUCCUGGAGGCUUUAUCGCUGUCAGCCUGUACUCGUGGGAUCGGGACCCGCUGGGGUCCACCAGCCACAAGUGGAGGACCAUCGAUUUCUUUGUGGUCAGCCGUGCUCUCCUCGGGGUCUGCCACAAGGUUGCCAGGCUGGCUCCCCCCGUUGGAAGUGCUAUUUUCUUCAGCACCAAGCAGUGGCACGGCCUGUUCUGCGCGGCGACCAAGCUCGCGACCAAGCACGAGCUGGCCGCCAAGUCGGACCGAGGGGCGAAAUGGAUGACCUGGGUCGCCGAAGCUGUCUCGGAUGGGGCUGGUAAGGCCCACAAGUAUUCGAAACCCUCCAUCGGUUGGAUCCCCUCCACCAGCCUCCAGGGAGCCCCACCCCCUGGGCCUCAACAGCAAGUGGACGAGCUCUGGGAGGCUUGGAAGGGAGUCUGGAAGCCGUCACCUAAGUCGGAGGCCAUGCCAGAGCCUGUGGCCUACUGCACCUCCCUCUUGCAGCAGCAGGCUAGCGAGAGGGGGGUUUCUGUUGAGGAUCUGUGCCCACCUGUCCGCGACCCUGAAGUCAUCAGGAGAGUGGCUUCUAAGUUCAAGAGGUUCGCGGCCCUAGGAAUCGACGCGCUGCGCCCCAGGGAGCUGGCCAAUCUCCCGGGCGGGGCCCUCAAGUGCCUCGCCCUGCUCUGGCAUUGGCAGGAGUGCUCGGGCAUCUUCAGCUCUGCCAUCGCUCUCAUCCUGUUGGCGCAGCUUCCUAAGCCUGAAGGAGGUUACCGACCCAUCGGCAUCGAGAGUGGGGUCAGCCGGGUUUUCCACAAAAUUGCUAGGCACGAGGCUGUGGAGUGGGAGGAUCGUCAUCCUAGGUCAUACCACUACGGAGUCAAGGGGAAGUCUUGCGAGAGGGCCGUCUGGGAGCAGAGUCUCGCUGUUGAGAACCACAGCCUCAUGGGGUUCACCGCGGGGCUCACUUUGCUUGACCUCACCAAGGUGGUCCAGACUCGUCUUGGGAAUGCUGCGGCCUACUUAUGUGGGCUGCUGGAGGGCCAACUGCUGGUUGUCUCGGAGUCGAAAGGCAAGGUUUUGUCCUCGUGUUCAUCGGUGGCCCGUGGGCUGGCCAAGCGUCUGAGUAAAUGGAAGUUCACCGCCCCUGCGGCUACCAAGAAUCUGGGGUGCGACUUUGGGAUGGGGCCCAAGGGUCGCAGGUCCGGGGCCGUCGUGGGGUCCCGUCUUCGCAAGAUCAAGGGUCGUCUAUCCAAGUUUCGCAGCUUCCGCAGCUCUUUCCAGGGGCUCAUGAAGGUCAUCAGGGGAGGGGCGCUCCCGCAGGGCAUGUACGGGGCCAUGGUCAAAGGUGUUGACGAUAGGCAAUGCCGCAACGAGGUUAGCAAGCAGAGUAAGAAGAAGGCGUGGUUACUGUCUGGCUUGGCUGCAGGUGGCUUUCCUACGCAAGCAGUGCUGUAUGAAGAUCGCAGGGUUGUGGAUGUCAGGUGCCAGGUUUGCUUCGACGAGCCUGGGGCGCAGAUGCACCGUCUCUUCAGAUGCCUUGCGCAUUGUGGGCUCAGACGGCACCUCGACUUGCAGGAGCUUCAACAGAGAGCCUUCGAGCCAGGUGCUGAUCUACUUUUUCUCACGCGUGGGCUGGCUGUGCCCCGGGAGGCAAAGUGGCCACCGCCAGUCCAGCACGAGUAUGUGAAGUGGGACAAG